AUGACCACGGCCGAACGGGUCUUUGAAUUCCAAUCGUGCGACUCGUCCAAAGCCCAUCUUACACCUUCACCGACUGGCAUUCCCGUCAGGGCAACAGGUGAGCCUCCUCGAGCUCUUCCGGACGUUGACGUCGUGGAUCCGUACAGCGAAGAUCGUCGCUUAGCAAUGCGGCAGCUGUACGAGGACUACGAGGUUGCCGUUCCAGACGAUGAGAAAAUUCCACCCAAACCACGAUAUAGACCAGCUUCGCCGAUGCCCGAACGUGAGCCCCUCAUCAUAGCACAAUAUGCGGAGCGCUUUCCACGACCUCCAUCAGAGGAGGAUGAAGAACUCGAGUUCUCGCCUGCCGACGAUUUCAAGCCUGUCACAAACAAUCGACCAACGAUACUAACAACGAUACUGCCUCCAGUUCCUUGGACACCUUCAUCACCUGCACCGCCUAUCUCAUCAGUUAGCACUAGUACCCCUAUCACGCCUACAUCCACUAUUGCUGCCACUACCACCACGAUCCAAGCUUCCACCGAGAGCCCUGUUAUGACUACGGCGACAUCGCCAGGAAGGAACCAUGUUGGAAAUAGAAUCAUUACUGAAAUGAAAGUAAUGAAAAAGUCAAGGAUUGCUGAGAAGUCAGAAGAAAGCGACACCACUCAGCGGAGUGCAAGCGGCUCCUCUUCAAACGCGAGUGAUAUAGAAGUUGAAGAUUAUGAUGAAGCUGAGGAUGAAGAAAGAGAGUUUGUACCAGAGCAGAUCCCAGUCAAGUUUACCACGACGUCUUCGAAACCAGUUACUAGCACGUCAGCUACGACUACUAGUGAAAUACCAAGUACCACAACUAUGCAGACGACAUCAGACCUGAGCGCUUCCAAGACGAAAGCCGCCGUCAAUUUGCUGCCAACGAGUAUAUUCUUGGGCUCCCCAAGAAUAAUCGAGAAAGUUCCAGCUGUGCGCACUUCUAAAUUCAGUCGAUCAGGCAGAAAGAAUAAGCUCUCCACCUCAAAGACGAGCGAAUGGAAUAAUACGCUGGGCACAGAAAGUCGCAGACGCAGACUGAAGAAGCUCAAUCGACGAAUACGAGUGAAGUCGAUCCCAUCGAUGCCCAGCAAUGCAUCAAACUUCACAAUUGAGGUCAGUCACAAAAAGAGCAAGGCAGAGUUGCAAAACGAAAUGGACGAGCUGCAAAAGCGAAUCUCAGAAAAGAAGAAACAACUAGCCGAAGUCGUCAAGACGUCGACAACUGAAGCCGAAGUCGUCAAGACGCCGACAACUGAAGCUCCCAUAGAAAAGAUCGAAGGAGACACCGCGAGAGCUCUUUCGUGGAUGUUAGCGACCGUGGAAAAAAUGGUGAAUGAAAAACCAAGCCAACCCAUCUCCGAUGCUGUCGCCGUUGAGAAAGUCGAUAGAGACACUGAGCAGGAAAUUUCGCGACUUCCCUCAGGUGUUGAAGUGAUCUCGGAGCAGGAAUCAUUCAUCCUCAAAGACGAUGCAUCGAGUGAUCCAGUCAUCAAAGUAGACAAGGAGAAGGUCGAUAGAAAACUAGUUCUUCAGCUGAAUGGAGUGACUGGUCGGUGUGUAAUUGUGGAGUCCAGAGCCGAAAAAGCCUAUGCCUAA